AUGGGUUUGUUUCCUAACAGAGGAGUUCGUUUAGGAGCAAAGAAAAGUGAUCCAUUCAUUUUAGAUAACAAGACAUUAAGCAAGGCACAUGCAUACUUAUUGGAAAAUUGUGACGAGAUUCAAGAAUAUAUUAGUCGAGGAAGAGAGUUUGAAGAUGAAUCUGCUGAUGAGUUUGAAGAUGAGUCUGAAAAUGACUAUGAAGAUGAGUCUGAAGAUGAGACUAAAGAUGAGCUUGAAGAUGAGUCGGAAGAAGAGUUAAAUUACUGUUGGAGAACAACGAAGCAAUCAACAUCACAAAAGAAAAAGGGUUCUAAUCCAAACAAAGCUCAAAGUCCAUUGAAGAAUCUAGCUAUUGAUAUGCAAUACCGAUUAAGUGCUGAAUUAGCCAAUAAAUUGAAGAUUAAAAGAGAACAACAUGCAAAUGAACACAAUGAUAGAGCUAAGAAACAGCAGACACCAAUACCACAUAAAAUAAAGAAUUCUGAGGAGGUUAGAACCUCACAUAUGACUGCAGGGAAAGGGCAAACUAAACAGAGGUCGUCUGAAUAG